AUGGCUGACGACCAGCGUGAGACUGCAACAUCCUCUCCCAUCGCCAAUACUGACAGGAAAGAGCGAGGAGCAUCCAGAGAUGAAGGGCGCAAACGAAGCAGGUCACCUUACAGAGACGGCCCCCGAGAUAGGCGGGAAGAUCGACCUCGGCGUAAAGACGCGGGCUUCAAAUGGAAGAAAACGCGCAGGGAUGACGACGAUUCCAGACGAGACCGCGAUUCAAGGCUACAACGAGGCUACCGAGAUCAUUACCGACCACGACCGAGAUCAAGAUCGAGAUCGCCACCUCCUCGAAGACGCUCUUCGAGAGGAAAUGAGCCUCAAGAGCCAUGGCCUCGCGACGAGAGGAAGGAAAAAAAUGAUCGAAAGGAGAGAAAGCCUGCGCCUGCAGUUCCUCCGCAGCCGAUGAUUAUUGUCUACGUUAAUGACAGACUGGGGACAAAGAAAGCGAUCCCAUGCUAUCCCACAGAUCCGAUCAAGGACUUCAAGGUCAUUGUGGCAUCGAUGAUUGGUAGACAGCCUCACGAAAUCCUCCUGAAAAGACAAGGCGAGAGACCUUUCAAGGACCAACUCACGCUUCAAGACUACGGAGUGAGCAAUAAUGUCCAACUGGAUCUCGAGGUUGAUACAGGUGAUUGA